GGGACACGCAGCCCGCCUGGCGCCCCGCGGUGUGCAAGCGAGCACAGGACACAAGCCUGAACCUCCGGGACCCAGGCCGCAGGGCUGAGGCCAGGCGAAGGUGUGUCGGUGGUACCCGAAAGGAGUUGAAUGGGGUGCGCCCUGGAGGGGUUGCUGCCGCUGCCGCUGCUGCUGCUGCUGCUGCCGCCGCCGCUGCUGCUGUUCCUGUUGGCUCCAGGCAGCCACGGAUUGUCCUGCAGCGCGUCCUCUGUCAACUGGACCGCUGGACUGACUGCCACAUGCCUGAACUUCAGUGGCCAAGAGCUGGACAUGCUCCCAAAUGAGCUCCAGGCCAGCAACUUGGAAUACCUCGACCUGUCCAGGAACAGGCUUCAGCACCUCCCGGGCUCCCUCUUUGCUAGCCUGGGGAAGCUCCAGGUCCUCGACGUGACCGGCAACCCCCUGUUCACGGUGAGCGGGACUCUGGGUGCUCUGUGUGCGCUGGAGCUGCGGGCGGACUGCGCGUGCGCCCUGGUGCCCUGGCACCAGGCCCGCGCCAACUGCUCUGAAGCGCCAAGCCUACAGUGCCAGGUGGGCUUCAACUACACCCAGAACCUCACGCUUUUCCUGAAGACGCACUGCCCCGAGGGUCUGAGCACAGCGGCCAUCGGGGGCCUGGCUGCCGGAGGCUGUGUGCUCCUGGCCCUCGGCAUCGCAGGCUCCUGGCUGGCCCACAGGCUCCGAGACUGGAGGGCCAGGGGCACCCAAAGCCUGGGCAAGAUGUUGACUGCGUCCAGUGCACCCAGCCAGGGCAGCAGCCAGCAGACGCGCUAUGGCAGCCGAGCCCAGAGCCCUCAGGCUCCCAUGAAAGUGCAGCUUAGUCCUGUGUCGCCCGACUAUGAGAACAUGUUCCAGGGGGAGCCCGCCCAGCCCCGCUGGGAUGACAGGCCUCAGUCGGCCAACGACAGUGACUUCUACAUGGAGUUCGAGGAGCAGAGCGCAGAGUCGGGGCCCCAUGCCAUCUACUGCAACCUGCCGACUCUGCAGCCCGAAGCUGAGCAGGAUGAGGAGGAUUAUGUGGUUCCUGGGCGCUGAGUCCCCACCGAGGCACCCCAGUCCUUCAGAUGAGAGCCGCCAGGGCCAUCCUCGGGGUCAGGAGGCUCCCAGCACCCCAGCAGUGAGAAGAGGGGAGGAGCCUCUGGCAGGGGUGCCCAACAGAUACCCCACGAGCCUGAGCCCCCGAGUUCACACGGGAACCCUAACUCCCCACCCACCCCUGCCCCCACUCUGUGCAUGCACCCCAUCCCUUUGUCCUGUGCCUGCACCCC